AAGUUUUAAUCAUGAAACAGUUUUUCUGCGUCGCCGCCAUCUUGGUUUCGUUGGUUUCGGUAGCGAGAGCUACCGAAGUCAAUGUAUGUAAAUCAGGACUUCCUUUGCCUUAUGCAGUCACAGUGAAGGACUGUGACAAAGGACCAUGCAGUUUCCCACGUGACAGUCUUGUUGUCUGGAAUAUAACCUUCGAUGCACCGCAUGAUUUGGACACAUUCGAACCUAAAGUCCUGGCUACAGCAUUAGGACUUGAUAUAGACUACCCACUUAACGAGUCAGAGGGUUGCAAAGAACUCGUUGAUGAUGAGUGCCCUCUGGAAGAAGGACAGCGCGUUAUUUAUGCCACAACAAUGGAAAUUAAAAAAUCUUUCCCAACUAUUAAUGUUGGCAUUGAAAUGACCCUCUACACGCCCGAUGAAGACGGUAACAGCGUCGGUUUUACGUGUUUCCAGAUCGAUUGUAAAGUGACAGAAUAAAAAUCUUAUAUGAUAUUACGUAA